GUGACAGGUGCGAUAAAAAUGGGUAGUACCUACUACCUAGGUAAUUAUUCGAAACACGAACCUGAAACUAACAUUUAAAUGUUACAAAUUGUUUUAGAAUGACCUUAGUUUAAUAAAUGGGCUUAUUGUUUUGCUGCAUUAUUUAUGUUAAUAUUUGUAUCCUAAUUUGAUAAAGGCAAUGUCACAUAUUAAUGACUUCUUAGGAGUAGUUAGAGGUCUCCGUCAGGUGGUGGAAGCAGGUUUAAAACUGCAGCAAGAAAACACUAGACUAAUAUGGAAUAACUCUAGCAUCAGGCAGCCUCUUCAGAACUGUUCUACUAACCCAAUUUCAAAUUACAAACCUAACUCCAAAAAUGUCAGCGAUCUUUUGGAAAGAACCAUGGUGGCAGUUCAUGGCAUCAAACAAUAUGUCACUAUGUAUAAACCGAAUUUCAAUGAAAACCUAGACGGUACCGAAACCAUGGAUCCACAAUUGCAAGAAGAUAUUGAAAACCUUAAUAAGCAGUUUGAUGAGACUUUUGAGAGCUUGAAACAAACACAGAAGAAAAUUAUUUCCUCUACUAUAGUGCCUUCAGUUGAGGCUCUUGUGAAAGAAAAUAAGAGUUCUUCUGAAGACAAGCCUGACAUUCCAAAGGAUGAUAUCGUAAAAACACGACAAGCUCCUGUGCCCAGUAUCGUAGCCAGUGGAACUGGUGCUGUUCCCAAGCCGAUUGCUAAGAAGAAAUUGAAACUCAGUGAGAAUUCCAAAGCUCGCGUUGUUCCGUCUUCCCGCAUUGGUAGAAUGAUGUCCUUCGGGUCCCUCGCAGCAGGCCUUGGCGUCGGGACAGUGGCGCAAUAUGCUCGUAACACGAUACAGUCUGUCACAGGCCGCGUGGAUGAGUCAUCCAAUAUAUUCUUAUCACCAGCCAAUGCUGAAAGGAUUGUUGAUACCCUGUGUAAAGUAAGAGGUGCAGCGCUAAAACUCGGUCAGCUUUUAAGUAUCCAAGAUGAAUCAGUGAUCCCAUCGGAUUUACAGCGCAUAUUCGAUCGCGUUCGUCAGUCAGCGGACUUUAUGCCGACGUGGCAAGUUGAGAAGGUCAUGUCUUCGCAACUUGGGCCAAACUGGCGAGACCGGAUACAGCAUUUUGAGGAGCAACCUUUCGCUGCUGCCUCGAUUGGUCAAGUGCAUUUAGCAGUUCUUCACAAUGGCCAAGAGGUUGCCAUGAAAGUGCAAUAUCCAGGUGUAGCGAAGGGUAUCAAUAGUGACAUAGACAACCUUGUUGGAGUCCUAAAAGUGUGGAACAUGUUCCCAAAGGGUAUGUUUAUUGACAAUGUCGUCGAAGUGGCAAAGAAGGAGUUGUCAUGGGAAGUUGACUAUGUACGUGAGGCCGAAUGCACGCGAAUGUUCAAGAAGCUUCUAGAACCAUACCCCGAGUAUUACGUUCCGGGAGUCAUAGAUGAACUGUGCUCAUCGGAGGUAAUGACCACAGAACUGGUGGAAGGUACACCGAUCGAGAAGUUGUUUGACGCGCCCUACGAAGUCAAAUACGACAUCGCUUAUAAAAUCAUGCAUCUAUGCCUACGUGAGAUGUUCGUACUACGCUGUAUGCAGACCGAUCCAAAUUGGGCCAAUUUCUUCUAUAACACAAAUACUAAACAGGUAGUAUUGCUGGACUUUGGAGCUACUCGUCAAUAUUCCAAGGAGUUCAUGGAUCAAUAUAUCGAGAUAAUAAAAGCGGCAUCGGAUGGUGACCGUGACGCCAUCUUACGGAAAUCACUGGAAAUGAAGUUUUUGACCGGAUACGAGUCAAAGGUAAUGGAGGAAACUCACGUGGACACCGUACUCAUAAUGGGAGAAGUAUUCACCAUGAAGGGUUCUGGCGAGUUCGACUUCGGUGGCCAGAAUACAACAAGACGGAUCCAAGCAGUUGUACCAACGAUAUUGACCCACAGACUAUGCCCUCCCCCAGAGGAGAUAUACUCUUUGCAUAGGAAACUGUCGGGGGUGUUCCUCCUCUGUUCCAAACUGAAGGUGAAAAUGAACUGUCGCCAUAUGUUUGAAGAGAUAUAUCAGCAAUAUAAAACCUUAACAUAAUUUAAUUAGGACCUUACACGGAGGUUACACGCUCAGCUUGGCAUAGGUUGGCAGUCUAUGUUUAUUUCUUAGGGGUAAUAAUACAACUUUAAAAGAAGGCUCCAGCGACAAACGUUUACAGUCAUUUCAUUUACCCAAAUAUCGAUUGCGAUCCUGACAUUCAAAUCAGGCUACCUCAGAAAUAAAGGCUUGCCUACAAAUUUGCGUUUCUUGAGAUUUGGAUACCCGCAGCAUUUCCUGUUACGGAAGCCGGAGCCCUUGUUCUCAAUCACCAGACAAUGGUUUUCAGUCGACACUAUACUUACUACACAUAUUUAACAGCUUAUUAUUCCAACAGCUGUCAAGUUAAAACCAAAACCCGAAAUGAACGUGGAACCACCGUAUUCGAUGUAAUAAAUUAUUGUAAGACUUAAAUGCAAUUAACUCAAGUGUAGGUACUUACAGAAUAACAUUAAGAUUUAAUACAAAC